GUCAGGUCACGCACACUCCCAUACGUGGCAGGCAAAGAGAGCAAAAAAAAUCGAAUUAGGGAACUGACGUGGAAGUUCGUUUAGCUCGAAAUUAUUUUUGUUUUUCAACCAGCGUCUCGUGCGCCGCGGCCGUCAAGAGUUGUGGCCAACACCGAGUGGCCAAAGUCGAGGAGUCAGUGGUCAGGAAUCCGGCCGAGCAGCCCCCGAAAUUGCCAAAUCGCCGUGGCGAACUUUGAGCCAUCCCGUGUGUGUUUUCUCUUCGAUUCGCGUGAAAGUUGUUUGUUGGCUUAGAGCUUCAGAGCCUCUGAUCGUUAUAAACAGGAGCAAAUAACGGAACGGUGACCAAUCCGGCCAAGAAAUGAAUCCGAACAUGUACGGGCCGCCGCCCACGCAAUUCCAGCAACAACAGCCCCAGUUUGGGGCUCCUCCGCCGACGAUUUCCGGAGGUUGGCCACCGCAACAACAACCGCAGCAGCAGCAGCCGCUGCCGCCGCAGCAACAACAACAACAACUGCCUCCGCCGCAGCAGCAGCAGCAACAACAACAACCACAGUAUGGAGCACCACCACCAACGUCAGCGGCACCACAGUCUUACCUCAAUGGCAACUACCAGCAGCAGCUGGCCACGUCGAUGGGUGGUUUAAGUGUGGGCGGAGGCGGUGGUGGAGCCAAUCCCCUGAAGCCACCACUCCCCCAAGGAGCUCCCGCUGCUGUCGCACCACCGCCAACCGGUUUCAAUCAGUUCAACUCGAAUGCGGCACCACCCCCGACGACCAACAACAAUAAUGCCGCAUUCGGUGCUCCACCACCGACGCAGCAGCAAACCGGUGGCUAUGUCAACGGCGUCCUUCCGCCCAGCAGCACGCCGCAGAGCGUGCCCAGUGGGAUCAAUCAGAUGAGCUUGAACAGCGCCAGCUUGGCGGGAUUGCCGCAUAUGCCGCCACCGAAAGCGGCCACGCCUGGAGCAGCAGCUCCUGGUCAGCCGCCAGUGCCGGGAGCUGGCUCCUCCCAGCCACCUUCUCACGGGCAACCGCCACUGCCGGGACAGCCACCACUUCCCGGCCAGAUUCCCACAUCCCAGCCUGCUCCCGGCCCCUUUGGAGUGCCCAGUUCGCGACCGGGACAGCCUCAGCUGCCUCCUGGCGCCGCUCCGCCGACCUACACGCAACCGGGAUUGCCGUCGCAGCAGGGAAUCCCGCCCUUGCAGCAGCCAGGAUUGCCGACGCAGCAGCAGCAGGGAAUCCCGCCAUUGCAGCAACCGGGAUUACCACUGCAGCAGCCGGGAUUUCCCCCACAGCAGCCUGGUUUGCCACCCCAAACGCAACCGGGUUUGCCACCGCAGCCAGGAGCACCUUAUGGAGCUCCCCAACCCGGCGGUUAUCCCGGUGGCUAUCCAGGACAAGCUCCCGGCGGCUUCCCUGGAGCACCACCACCACUUCCAGGGCAGCAGGCAGCAGCUCCGCCGCAAUUCGGAGCACCGCAACCGGGUUAUCCGGGUCAACAGCCGGGCUAUCCGCCGCAACCUGGUCAGCAGCCCAUGCCAGGAUAUCCACCGCAGCCGGGACAACAGGCCGGAGCACCAGGCUAUCCACCGCAGCCAGGUGGCGGCUAUCCCGGUCAGCCAGGACGUCCUGGAUUUAAUCAACCUCCCAUGCCGGGAGCAGGGAACAUGUACCAGCAGGCACCGCAGCCACGUCGCCUGGAUCCCGACCAAAUGCCGAAUCCCAUCCAGGUGAUGAUCGAAAAUCAACGUCUGGCCGGCGGACCCUUUGUGACCAAUCAGCCGGGUCUGCUGCCUCCAUUAGUGACCACCAAAUUCGUGGUCCACGACCAGGGCAACUCGUCACCGCGCUUCCUGCGCUCCUCGCUCUACUGCAUCCCCAAUACCGGUGAUCUCCUGAAGACCACAGCUCUUCCGCUGACGAUCAAUAUCUCGCCGUUGGCCAAAACUGCAGAGGGUGAGCUGGAGCCACCGAUCGUCAACUUUGGCGACAUGGGACCAAUUCGUUGCAACAGAUGUAAGGCGUACAUGUCGCCCAAUAUGCAGUUCGUGGAUGCCGGCCGACGGUUCCAGUGCCUGAUGUGCAAAGUUACCUCGGAGGUUCAUCCGGACUACUAUCAGCAUCUGGACCACACUGGUCAGCGUGUGGACAAGCAUGAAAGACCUGAGUUGCUGCUGGGCACCUACGAGUUUCUGGCCACCAAGGAUUAUUGCCGGAACAACACUCCCCCUGAGGUUCCUGCCUUUAUCUUCAUCAUCGAUGUCUCGUACAACACGGUGAAGUCGGGUCUGGUUCACCUGCUGUGCGGCCAGAUCAAGAACAUACUCAAGCAUUUGCCAGUGGACCAGGGUCAGGACAAGUCCAAGGUCCGAGUGGGCUUCAUCACGUACAACAGCACCGUGCAUUUCUACAACAUUAAGAGCAGUCUGGCCCAGCCGCAGAUGAUGGUGGUGGGCGAUGUCCAGGAGAUGUUCAUGCCCCUGCUCGAUGGUUUCUUGUGUCACCCCGAGGAAUCGGCGGCCGUGAUCGAUGCAUUGAUGGAGGAGAUUCCUCGCAUGUUUGCCGAUACCAAGGAAACGGAGACGAUUCUGUAUCCAGCCAUUCAAGCUGGCUUGGAGGCACUCAAGGCUUCCAAUGCAGCCGGAAAGCUGCUGGUGUUCAACUCAACGCUGCCCAUUGCCGAGGCACCGGGCAAGCUGAAGAAUCGCGAUGACCGCAAGCUGCUGGGCACGGAUAAGGAGAAAACCGUGCUGACGCCGCAAACUACGGUCUACAAUCAACUGGGUCAGGAGUGCGUCCAGCAAGGCUGUUCCGUGGAUCUGUUUGUGUUUAACAAUGCCUACAUCGAUCUGGCCACAAUUGGACAGGUUUCCCGGUUGUCGGGUGGCGAGGUGUUCAAGUACACCUACUUCCAGGCGGACAUCGAUGGCAAGCGACUGAUCGAGGAUAUCAUUAAGAACGUUUCUCGGCCGAUUGCUUUCGAUGCGGUGAUGAGGGUGCGCACAUCGGCGGGAAUCCGACCCACGGAGUUCUAUGGCCACUUCUUUAUGUCCAAUACAACCGAUGUGGAGCUGGCCAGUAUUGACGCCACCAAGUCGGUGAGCAUUGAGAUCAAGCACGACGACAAGCUGCCGCCGGAGGAGAACGUAUACCUUCAGGUUGCCCUGCUGUACACCUCGUGCAGCGGUCAGCGACGUCUGCGUGUCCUUAAUCUGGCACUGCGAGUGACCACAACGAUUGCGGACGUCUUCAAGAGCUGUGACCUGGACGCGAUGAUGCUGUUCUUCGCUAAGCAAGCCUGCUUCAAGCUGAUGGAGCACUCACCCAAGCAGGUGAAGGAUAAUCUGAUCCAUCGAUCGGCGCAAAUCCUGGCCUGCUACCGCAAGCACUGCACCUCGCCCACUUCCGCCGGCCAGCUAAUCCUUCCCGAGUGCCUCAAGCUGCUGCCGCUGUACGCCUCGUGCUUGCUCAAAAACGACGCAAUUUCCGGUGGCUCCGACAUGACGCUAGACGAUCGAUCCUAUGUUAUUCAGUUUAUUUUGUCCAUGGACCUGAAUCAAUCGGUCAACUACCUGUAUCCUCGUUUCAUUCCCAUCCACAACGUGGUGCCCGAGGAGACGGAUCUGCCGACUCCCGUUCGCUGCACGCACGAAAAGACGCAAGAGGAUGGCGCCUACAUCCUGGAGAACGGCGUGCAUCUGUUCGUCUGGCUGGGCCAGUCGCUGUCGCCCAACUUUGUGCAGUCCGUCUUUGGCGUCCAGGGACUGCAGCAGCUGGCCCUGGAGCGGUUCCACAUUGUGCCCGAGACGCCGCUGGCCAAGCGCAUACACGGUAUUCUGGAGCAGAUCAUGAAGGAGCGAUCGCGUUACAUGAGGAUCACCUGGUUGCGGCAGAACGACAAACUGGAGAGCGUGUUCCGGCACUUCCUCGUCGAGGAUCGCGGCACAGACGGCUCCGCCAGCUACGUGGAUUUCCUGUGUCACAUGCACAAGGAGAUCAAGGAUCUGCUGAGUUAGCACGCCGGCUACUCCGGCACGUACAAGCCCGAGCAGCGAUGGGCGGACAGCUAUUCCCAAAACCGAGCUCGGAUGCGUCGCCUGUCGUCCAUGCGCAGUCGCCUCGGCAAAUAGGAGGAGCAGAGGGUUUAGGAUCGAGAGCAAGAGCAAGAACUGGAGCUGACAGCUGGUGGAAACUUCAAUUAUAUUUAAAUAAAAAUACAUAUACAUAUAUAUUGAUUAAUGGCUAUCAUUUUGAGCAUUCUUCCAUUAAUUUUUACAUUAAAGUUUCCACAUUUUGAAUUGUUUUACUUUAAAUAUAUAUAUAUUUAUAUGUAUUUUUUGAAAGCUGCGCUAAAAACAGAACAUUUGUUAAACGAGGCAACUGCUAAUCUGCAAAAUUACUUAGAAAAAUUAUUCUCUUAUGAAAAUUCCAUGCAUAUGUUUAAUUGUAAUUACAAAUUACUUACAAAUUUCCCACAGUUGAAAACUACUAGUUGAUUAUAAUGGAUAGUAUAAGAGCACUACCUUGUUUACAUCCUUUUUUGGCCUAACCGAUGUUAAUUUUAAUGUAUUUUUGCAAUAACUUGUGCGCUGCGCCCUGCUUUUUAUCAUACUUUAUGUCAUUGAAAGAUUAUUAUAUUAUAACCUACAUGUUUCGUGUGAGAAUUAUUCGACUUAUAUGGUAUAUUGCCCCCUCCUGAUUAUCGAAAGGAAAACAAAAACUGUGCAAAACGAAAAAACACAUUUAUUGAGUACGAAAAACGGAAUAAAAACUCUUUAUUACAAAGCGAA